AUGUCAGUCUAUUCGAUAGACUCGCUGGAGGAUACGAACGAAAUCACGCUUCGAAACUACGAUUCUUCGCGCGAUGACAAUGACAGUUUUAACCUGGUGUCGAUCAUGCACUCGACCAACGGACCUCGGGAUGCGCCGCUUCGUUUGAAAUCGACUGCUACACCUAAUUAUUUGUCUCGGAAGCAAGAUACCGGAUCUAAUAAAACCUCAUCGGAAAUAGACACUACCGAAGACUUAGGAACAAUUCGCAAGAAUACGAUAAUUGCGAACAAUAAAUUCUCGGAGAAACAAGUACAAUUACAACGAUGUUCUGCCAUGAAAAAUAAGAAACGGGAUGUUGCAGAUCGGAUGAGGAACAAUAGUGUAAGCAGCUUAAAACAAGAAGAAGAAGUAAGCGGCCUCUGCAAGAAGAUGGCAUCGGGUUGUCGGAGGCCUUCUUUGAAGCUUUCGUUGUCGAAGCAGAGUUGGCCAGGAGAGGCUUCGACGUCUAUGAAGCCGGACAAGAAGCUGAGCAACGUGCUCGUCCCGAGGAUCCAGCAGGCGAGGAAGCCGCGCUCUUAUUUGGAGCAUUAUCGUCGACGAUUCAGUGAACCGCGGUACAAUGCCCGGUCCCCGGAGGGUUCCACCCUGUCGGUUUUUGGAGACAGCCAGCAAGAGCAGCUCACUGACGAGGAUACGUGUUUACCGAGCACCUCGAGGGACGAUCGCAGCGAGCUGAGUUUUUACCGGCGUCUAAUCGAGGGAUUCUCCGAUUGCACGGUCGCAACCGCUCGAUCCUCCGGAACCUUACAUCAACACGUGUCAGAAGACACGAACCGCUGCCGCAGCCAGGCAACGAGCAAAGCGGAUCCGAUCAGCAAUAAAUCGAAGAGCCUCGGCUACAAACCGUACACCAUCGAGGAGUACCAGACCUUGCCGAUACCGAACCUGGAUCGAUCUCUUGGGCCCGAUAAAGUGGAAAUGCAAGCGAAGAGAGAGUGGCUAAUGCGGCGAAGGUCAUACGGGAACUCGGUUAGCGCGCAUAAUCGCCAACGGAUAGCGCUCCAGGCGCAGAAGCUCGAGCCGAUGCGCGCCGCCCCUCGGAAAUGCUUUCUGCCUCCUUUGAAGGAUAAAGAAGCCGACGUGAAGACGCAAGGCGAUUCAAUAUCUUCGACGAUAUUCGAGGACCGACAUGCUAUCUCGCAAAAUGACGGCACAAAUUGUAGCAAGUAUUCCAAGAGGGACGUUGACGUCGGCGAAAUAUCCUCGUCGAGGAAGUCUAAAAAAUUCGGGCGAGCGGCGUGCUUCGGCUUGCCGUUAAACUCGCGCGAUAUCAUUGAAGAUUCAUAUUUGGAGUCCCUAAGGCAGCGUCAUCUUUACGAGAAGAAGAUGGUGGACCGUAUUAUAAGCCAAGCAGUAUGCCCUUGACUAUAUCGUCAGGAAUUUCGUACAUAAUUUAGUUCCCGUUCAACGGAGCACUGUAUGCGAUGUGCAUUUCUAAUUGAUCCUCCAGUACAUCCGAACAGAUCCAAAAGUCUUUUCGACGAUACACGACGCAUUGACGCGGUACAAA